CCUACGUAAAAUCUAAAAUGGCGUUUCCUGUGCUUAAAGUGUUUUGUGUUCAGCAAUGUUUAAAGAAUGAAUCUUUAAUUUUAUCCCUUCCCAUUGGAAUAUGUUUUUACGAAAGUGGUUGAACGUCGAAGUGCCUGGUCGUUUGAUAUGGUCUUUGGUCAUAAUGAUCGAGAUGAUAGAAACUUUAUUUCGCUGGCCUCCCCAUUCAUCUGACAUAAUGCCAUGCGAAUUUUCCUUUGGGGCUUUAUAAAAGAUCGUGUCUAUGUUCCACCUUCACAGUUGAGACGCAGAAUUGAAGAGUCUAAUGCUUCCAUUUCUCCAGACUUUUUGAACAAAAUGUGGGAAGAAUUGGUCUUCAUGUUGGAUGCUUGCCAUAUAACUAAAGGGAUGUUCGCGAGCUGCGAGAGCUGAUGGAAAACUUCCUGUUCGUGCUGUACCUGCUGGGGUCCGGCAACCUGUGUGCCCUUGCCUACGAAGUCUCCAAGGCGCCCGGCUUCAACCAUCAGAUGACAUCUGCCGGCAGUUACCUAAUGGGCAUGGUGUUUCGGCUGGGCGUCUACUGCUACUACGGAUCUGAGAUCACCAGCGAGGUCAGCGCCCCAGACUGUGCUGCACACAAUCAACUACAGCCUGAAAGUGGGGGAGGCGCUUUACUUCAGCGACUGGCUGGGGGCACCCAUGGCCUUCAAGCAGCACUGCGUUCUGGUGAUAGCACGCUCGCACCGCCCCGUCCGCUUCACGGCCGGCAAGUUUGGCACGCUGUCUCUGGACACCUACUCCAAGAUCAUUAACACAGCUUACUCCUACUUCAUGCUGCUGAGAAAGAUGCAGAGUGUUUGAAGAUUCAGCAUUCAUCACUUUUGGCAAGCAUUGUAGCAUUUAUCCUGAAUAAAGUUGUACAAUCCUGA